AUCUUUUUUUUGUUUUUUCUUUUGUCUGAUUAUAUGUAUCUUUUUUUCGUUUUUUUUUUGGACCAGACCCGGAGUCACCCAUUCAUGGGUUUCACUUCACUACAACAAGCUAUCAUCUAGCUGUGAUGUCUGCUGUGUAAGGAUGAGUGCUGAAUCUGUAACUGGCCAAUUAUCUGAAUUCGAGUUCCACUGGAAUCGAGAGGGAGUGGUAUUCUUCUAUAUUCCUAAGCAAUAAUAAGAGUAGUUUCGUAAUAUAAUUCCUCUCCCACACACACAGUACAGUCUGUUUUCAGUUCAAACCAUACCAGCGAUUCGUUCUGGUUUUCUCUCGUUAUAUCUCCCCUUCCAUUCCAUGUACUCUAUCUCCAAACUCUCCCCAUACAGACGCACCUUCCACCCUAAUUCGAUCCCCAAUUCCUAAUCCUCGGCUCUCUCCUCUCCCACUGCCAUACCUUUGAUUCCCCUCAUUGAGACCUGUCCGUUGCACUAAGAAUCACUAACACUGUCACCCUCUUGACUCUCCCCUCCCUCCAAUUUCAGUUUCCGAGAACCCCAUAGAAGCGCUUGCUCUGAUCAUGGUGGAGACCUUUUUGGGCCGGUUCCACUUCCACUUCGACAAUCGAAGGCUCGACUUCAAACGGUGGAUUUCGGCGCUAAUAUCUUCGCACAAGACGCUCUUCACAGUCCUCUGGAUCGUUGCCUUCGCUUCGAUCUUUGUCUGGCAGCGGAGCAUCGUCGAUGGGCUCAGGAUUUUCGGUCGGGCCCACCCUGCUCGGCCGAUCCCGAGGCUGCGCCCCGUGGCUUUCAAUUUGACGGAUUUUGGUGGCGUCGGAGAUGGCGUGACCGUGAAUACUGAGGCGUUCGAGAGGGCCGUCACUGCUAUUUCGAAGCUCGGAAGCAGAGGCGGUGGCCAGCUUAAUGUGCAGCCGGGCCGAUGGCUUACGGGGCCCUUCAAUCUCACUAGUCAUAUGACUCUGUUUCUCGCUGAAGAUGCUGUUAUCCUUGGGAUUCAGGAUGAGAAACUGUGGCCGCUGAUGCCUCCAUUGCCAUCAUAUGGAUAUGGGAGAGAGCAUCCUGGACCCCGAUAUGGAAGUCUUAUCCAUGGCCAAAAUCUAAAAGAUGUUGUCAUAACAGGGCAUAAUGGUACCAUUGAUGGACAAGGUCAAGCAUGGUGGGUGAAGUAUCGUCAAAAGCUUCUCAACCACACUAGGGGCCCACUUGUGCAGAUCAUGUUUUCACGUGACAUCCAGAUAUCCAAUAUAACUUUGCGCAACUCUCCUUUCUGGACAUUCCAUCCCUAUGAUUGCAAGAACGUAAUUAUCAAAAAUGUUACCAUCUUGGCUCCUAUUUUUGAAGCCCCAAACACAGAUGGGAUAGAUCCUGAUUCAUGUGAAAAUGUGGUGAUAGAGAACUGUUAUAUAAGUGUAGGAGAUGACGGAAUUGCAAUUAAAAGUGGUUGGGAUCAAUAUGGAAUUAAUUAUGGUCAGCCAUCUGCCAACAUUCUCAUCAGGAACCUUGUUGUUCGCUCCAUGGUGAGUGCUGGAGUAUCAAUAGGCAGUGAAAUGUCAGGUGGAGUCUCAAAUGUUACAGUGGAGAACCUCUAUGUCUGGAAUUCAAGAAGGGGUGUUCGGAUCAAGACAAGUCCUGGAAGAGGAGGAUAUGUUCGUCAUAUAACCUAUCGGAAUGUGACCUUUGACAAUGUUCGGGUGGGGAUUGUCAUCAAGACUGACUACAACGAGCACCCUGAUGGAGGGUAUGACCCCAAGGCCCUUCCAGUCCUUGGAGACAUAAGCUUCACUGCAAUCCAUGGCCAGGGUGUCCGUGUCCCAGUGCGAAUCCAUGGCAGCGAAGAGAUCCCUGUGAGAAAUGUCACCUUCCGUGACAUGUCAGUGGGGAUAACAUACAAGAAGAAGCAUAUUUUCCAGUGUGCGUUUGUUCAAGGUCGUGUCAUCGGGACUAUCUUCCCCGCUCCAUGUGAGAAUUUUGAUCGCUAUGAUGAGCAAGAACGGCUUGUUAAACGCUCAGUUUCCCAGAACAUAACAGACAUAGAUUAUGAUUUUUGAGAGCAAGAAUGUGGUAACUGAUUUUUCUAUCUUUGUCUUGUGGUGCUUCAUCAUUUGUUUCCAUUAGAUCAGACGUCUUGGCUUCUGAUUGGGUGAGGGGCACUUGGUAGUAGCGAGUUUCAUCUUUUCGUCAGAAUUUUAACUUUGCUGCUUCUUUGCAGCCGAAAGAGAAAAAUUGAUUUACUUCUUCCGGAUAUGUACAUAUACCUUGAAUUCAUUUGUUUAUAUAAAAUACAUUCUCACA